AUGGACCCGUCGCUUACCAGCGGAGUCUCCGCGCCUCCCACCAACGAGCCCUUCUCUGACUCUUUCGUCCAUGACUCUCAGUCGUCCCCGCUGCUGCCCUUGCCCUCGUCGCUCUUGUCGCUCUUGUCGCAGUCGGGACUACAGUCCACCUCGCCGCUCCCACUCAUUCCACCAGAUCCGCCCCGGGCCACGUCACCAAGUCCUACCACGCCGAGCGCUUCCACCACGCCUUCCCUCGAGUCCGGUACGGGUGCCCCUUCAAACGCUACCAAAGCUCUCGUGGGCACGAUCGCCGCCCUCGUCACAGCCGGCAUGCUCGCGCUAAUCGGAGUGAUCCUCUGGAGGCGCCGGCGGCGCCGCCGCCCACGCAACGUACGCCUCAUCUCCGACGAUGUACACCUCGAGCCAUUCUCGUUCCAGGACGAAUUCGGGACGACGCACCUCCUCUCCAUGUUUCCCGAUGCGCCCUCCUUCUCGGCGGCGGCGCAGGGGGGGGCGCGCAGGGGCUAG